ACCAUGAAUUAUGGAAUUUCUUAAAUGAAGCAUUCAGGAGUUAAAUGAGACAAUGUCAUAUAAAAAAUAGAUGAUUUUUAAGUUAUGUCUAUUAAUUUGACUGUAGAUAUAUAUAUUUACCUCCUUAGUAAUGCAAGCAGUCUUUGUGGGAAGCAGAGGAGCAAGCAACUGCAUUUCUUGUGUGCAUCUAAACAUUACUGGAGGAUAAGCCACAUCAGUCUACAAAGAGGUUUUCAUACAGGCAACAUACGAUGUAAAUGGACCCAAAGUGAAGCACAUUCUUGCACUAAGCAUUGUUACUCUCCAAGCAACCAUGGUUUACAUAUUGGAAUUUUGAAACUUAGUACUUCUGCUCCCAAGGGACUUAUGAAAGUGAGUAUUCGUAUGUCCCGUAUUAAAAGUACUUUGAACUCUGUUUCAAAGGCUGUUUUUGGCAACCAGAAUGAAAUGAUUUCACGGUUAGCUCAAUUUAAGCCAAGUUAUCGAAUAUUACGAAAAGUAACAGAUAGUGGCUGGUUAAAACAGAAAAACAUUAAACAAGCUAUCAAAUCUCUGAAAAAAUAUAGUGACAAAUCAGCAGAAAAGGAUAUUUUUCCAGAAGAAAAAAGUCAUGUUCCAGAUAAAGAAGAUGUAAGUAAACAAAGUCUUUUUCAUUAUACAAAUAUUAUAACCACAAAAUUUGGAGAGUCAUUCUACUUUUUAUCAAAUCACAUUAAUUCAUAUUUCAAACGCGAGGAAAAAAUGUCUCAAGAAAAGGAAAAUAAACAUUUCCAGGAAAAAUUAGAACUUGAAGGUAAAAAUGUUGAAGAAGAGAAAUCAAAUCCUCCAGAUACUGGCCUCCUGACUGAUAAGCCAGGCUCACAAUCUUCUUCAGAUCCUGUGGACAAGCCUGCAAAUCCCAGUGGGGUACCUGAGGUUCCUCCAGUGUCUACUAAACAAAGUAUUGCUAACUUUCUUUCUCGUCCUACUGAAGGUGUACAAGCUUUAGUAGGCGGUUAUAUUGGCGGACUUGUCCCCAAAUUAAAGUAUGAUUCAAAGAGUCAGUCGGAAGUUCAGGAAGAACCCGCUAAAACUGAGCAGGCUGUCAGCAAAGACAAAAACGCAGAGGAGAAAAAACGAUUAUCUCUUCAGCGAGAAAAGAUCAUUGCAAGGGUGAGUAUUGAUAACAGAACCCGGGCAUUAGUUCGGGCAUUAAGAAGAACAGCUGACCCGAAGCUCUGCAUUACUCGGGUUGAAGAACUGACUUUUCAUCUUCUAGAAUUUCCUGAAGGAAAAGGAAUAGCUGUCAAGGAAAGAAUUAUUCCAUAUUUAUUACGACUGAGACAAAUUAAGGAUGAAACUCUUCAGGCUGCAGUUAGAGAAAUUUUGGCCUUAAUUGGCUACGUGGAUCCAGUGAAAGGGAGAGGAAUCCGAAUUCUUACAAUUGAUGGUGGAGGAACAAGGGGUGUGGUUGCUCUUCAGACACUACGGAAAUUGGUUGAACUUACUCAGAAACCAGUUCAUCAGCUCUUUGAUUACAUUUGUGGUGUAAGCACAGGUGCCAUAUUAGCUUUCAUGUUGGGAUUGUUUCAUAUGCCCUUGGAUGAAUGUGAGGAACUUUAUCGAAAAUUAGGAUCAGAUGUGUUUUCACAAAAUGUCAUUGUUGGAACAGUCAAAAUGAGUUGGAGCCAUGCAUUUUAUGACAGUCAAACAUGGGAAAAGAUUCUUAAGGAUAGAAUGGGAUCUGCACUAAUGAUUGAAACAGCAAGAAAUCCCACCUGUCCUAAGGUAGCGGCUGUAAGUACCAUAGUAAACAGAGGGAUAACACCAAAAGCUUUUGUGUUCAGAAACUAUGGUCACUUUCCUGGAAUCAACUCUCAUUAUUUGGGAGGCUGCCAAUAUAAAAUGUGGCAGGCCAUUAGAGCCUCAUCUGCUGCUCCAGGCUACUUUGCAGAAUAUGCAUUGGGAAAUGAUCUUCAUCAAGAUGGAGGUUUGCUUUUGAAUAACCCUUCCGCCUUAGCGAUGCACGAGUGUAAAUGUCUUUGGCCAGAUGUCCCGUUAGAGUGCAUAGUAUCCUUGGGCACUGGACGUUACGAGAGUGACGUGAGAAACACCACAACACACACAAGCUUGAAAACCAAACUUUCUAAUGUUAUCAACAGUGCUACAGAUACAGAAGAAGUCCAUAUAAUGCUUGAUGGUCUGUUACCUCCUGACACCUAUUUUAGAUUCAAUCCUGUAAUGUGUGAAAACAUACCUCUAGAUGAAAGUCGAAAUGAAAAGCUGGAUCAGCUGCAGUUGGAAGGGAUGAAGUACAUAGAAAGAAAUGAACACAAAAUGAAAAAAGUUGCGAAAAUAUUAAGUCAAGAAAAAACAACUCUGCAGAAAAUUAAUGAGUGGUUAAAAUUAAAAACUGACAUGUAUGAAGGCCUUCCAUUCUUUUCAAAAUUGUGAUGAGUAUGUGUAUACUUUCUCAUAAAUGAAGGUCUGUUCAGAAAAUACACCAAAUUCAAUGAGGAAUUUGGGGGUUUGACAUGAGUAGACUUUGAAGUACUUAUGAAUUCUGGCGAAUCCUGAGAAAGGUGGCGCUUUGGCUAGCUUGCACAGCACAGAGCAUGUGCUUGGUUACAGAAUUCUGUGGGAAUUCGGUUUCUAAGAUGUUCAUAAUUAACUAAACUUUAGGAAUCUUAUUAUUGUGCUAGUUGGUUUUAGUAGACAUUAGUGUUAUAUUGUUUGAUGUUUGAAAAUGUAUUAAUAUAUGUGCCAAACAAGAAACUGAAAACUACUCAUAUUCUCCUUUUAUUUUUGCUGUAGUCAUCAUAAUCAUGUUGAAUUUAUGUAAUCGUCGAUUUUAUUUCAUGUGGAAAGCUAAUUUCUUAAAUUUACAUUAUUUAACGUUUUCACUAGCUACAUUCCACAAUCCACAUGCCAUCUUUUAAUGUAUUAUACCUAAAUAGAUGCAGAAAAACAGAAUUUCUCUACUACUUCUACAAUUGAAAUAUGAAAGAACCAAAUACAGUUUUCUAUUCAAAUUUGCUUAUUUUAACAUCAUUUGGUUAAAAAAAAAAAAAAAAAAGGCGAGGUUCUAAUCACCCACACUUUUUCCCCUGAAAUUUCAAGAUAAUGUUGUGUGUUAACUUUUAUAGCUCUAGCUCUGGUUUAUCAUUUCCUGUUACAAAAUUGUUUGAAUUUACUGGGAAAAUAUUCAUAUCAUUAAUAAAAAUUAUUGAAAUAA